AUGCUAGAAACAAAGAAUAAACCUGCUCCUGUACAGAGGUACACAAAGUCUAAGAAAGUCGGUGAAGGUACAUACGCUGUUGUGUUUUUAGGUAAACAAAUAGAAAGUGGUAGAAAUAUUGCUAUCAAAGAGAUCAAAACUGGUCAAUUCAAAGAUGGUUUAGAUAUGAGUGCUCUUAGGGAAGUCAAAUAUUUACAAGAACUGAGACAUGUUAAUGUGAUUGAACUUGUUGAUGUUUUCUCUGCAGAUGAUAAUUUAAACCUUGUGCUAGAAUUCUUACCAGCAGAUUUAGAAAUGAUUAUAAAAGAUCGUGAAAUAUUAUUCAGUCCCGCUGAUAUGAAAUCUUGGUUAUUGAUGACUUUAAGAGGUGUUCAUCAUUGUCAUAGAAAUUAUAUAUUACAUCGUGAUUUAAAACCAAAUAAUUUAUUAUUAGCACCUGAUGGACAAUUGAAAAUUGCAGAUUUUGGUCUUGCAAGAUCACUUGGUUCACCAAAUGAAGACUUAACCUCAAAUGUUGUUACACGUUGGUAUAGAGCUCCAGAAUUAUUAUUUGGUGCAAAACAUUAUACAGAAGCUGUUGAUUUAUGGGCCGUGGGGAUUAUAUUUGCAGAAUUAAUGUUGAGAGUUCCAUAUUUACCAGGAAGAGAUGAUUUAGAUCAAGUUGAUGUUACAUUUAAAGCUUUGGGGACACCAACUGAAGAAACUUGGCCAAAUGUUUCAAGUUUACCACUUUAUAAUAAUUUAAAUUUUUAUCCUGGACCAUCAAGACAAGAAUUAAGAAAUAGAUUUUUAGCUGCAACAGAAUCUGCAUUGGAUUUAAUGAAUGGAUUAACUGAAUUAAAUCCUGCAAAUAGAUGGAAUACUGAAAAGGCUUUGUUAAGUAAAUAUUUCACAGAUCUUCCCGCUCCAACAGAACCUGAAAAUUUACCAAAACUUACUAAAAAAGAUGAUUGA